AUGGUGAUGAAGUUCUAUCAGCAUGUCCUGGCCCUGGCAUUUGCUGUAAAUGAGAUUAAUGAAAAUCCUAAAAUCCUGGCCAAUCUCACUCUUGGGUUCAACAUCUAUGAUAGCUACUAUGAUUCAAAGAUGACUUAUCAUUCCGUUCUGGACCUGCUCUUCCAUUCACAUGGAUUUUUGCCUAAUUACAAAUGUGGCAGUCGGACCAAUGUGAUCGCUGUCACUGGGGGACUUGACGCUGAUGUCUCCGUCCAUAUGGCAGACGUUUUAGUACUCUAUAAAAUUCCACAGACGCCACCUCUUUCUCUGUGUAAUGAACAUUGUCACCCUGGCUAUCACAAGAAAAAGAAGGAAGGAGAGAAAUUUUGCUGCUAUAAUUGUGCUCCAUGCCCAGAAGGGAAGAUUUCAAACCAGUCAGAUCUGGAAGACUGUAUCCAAUGUCCAGAUGAUCAAUAUCCAAGCAAGCUGCAAGAUCAAUGUAUUCCCAAGACAAUCACUUUUUUGUCCUAUGAAGAACCCUUAGGGAUCAGUUUAGCUUCACUUGGCAUUUCUUUUUCCCUAAUCACUGUGUUGGUGCUGGGAAUUUUUAUUAAGCACCAAGAUACACCUAUAGUAAAGGCCAACAACCGAGAUAUCACCUAUGCUCUUCUCACCUGUCUUCUGCUCUGCUUCCUCUGUGCUUUGCUAUUUAUCGGGAAGCCAAGCAAAGCAACCUGCUUCCUCCGACAAUCUGCCUUUGGCAUGAUUUUCUCAGUAGCUGUUUCUUGUGUGUUGGCCAAAACCAUCACUGUGGUUGUAGCUUUCAUGGCCACUAAACCAGGUUCCAGCAUGAGGAAAUGGAUGGGGAAAAAACUGACCAAAUCCAUUGUCCUUUGUGGCUCUUUUAUUCAAGCAGCCAUUUGUACAGCCUGGCUUGGAAACUCUCCUCCUUUCCCAAAUUUCGAUAUACAAACAUUGCCUGAAGAGAUUAUAGCAGAAUGCCAUGAAGGGUCUGCCAUUAUGUUUUAUAUUGUCCUUGGCUACUUGGGACUUCUCUCCCUCAUCAGCCUGACUGUGGCUUUCCAAGCCAGGAAGUUGCCAGACACUUUUAAUGAAUCCAAGCACAUCACCUUCAGCAUGCUGAUCUUUUGCAGUGUCUGGGUGUCUUUUUUCCCCACCUACCUAAGCAGUAAAGGGAAAUACAUGGUGGCCGUGGAAAUCUUCUCUAUCGUAUCCUCUAGUGCCGGAUUAUUGGCUUGCAUCUUCUCACCAAAAUUGUACAUCAUUUUUCUGAGGCCCCAGUUGAAUAACAGGGAUCUCCUAACAAAAAAUAAAACAUAA